GGAGCGUGUGGCGGCGGCGAGAGCCGGGGCGGCGGGUUCGCGGCCGGGGCGUGCGCUGGCGGGCCGGGGCCCGGAGGACCAGCAGCACCCUGAAGGCGAGCUAGCAGCCCACGACUGGACGAGCGGACGGCGCUGCUCCUGCGGCUGCGGCUGCCGCGGGCUCGGGCGCGCGGCCCGGUGGCACCGAGGACCACCGCGGCACCAGCUGCGCGGCGGGCGCCUCGGGUCGGAGCGCACCACCAGAUGAUGAAUUUGGAGGUACUUCUUUGAAGAAAUGCCACAUGGUCCAAGAAGAGACAUGUCCUGGUUAUUGCCGCCUUAGGCAGCUAGGAGCUGAUGACAGCAUUUCCCCAGGAAUCAGGUGUGGUCUGACCCAGGAACAAGAAGCACAUCCUCACCAAUGACAUCAUGACAGCAAGAGAGCACAGCCCGCGCCAUGGCGCCAGGGCCCGUGCAAUGCAACGGGCUUCCACCAUUGAUGUGGCAGCCGACAUGCUGGGCCUCUCCUUGGCAGGAAACAUACAGGAUCCAGAUGAGCCCAUUUUAGAAUUCAGCUUAGCUUGUAGUGAGCUGCACACUCCAUCGCUAGAUCGAAAACCAAAUAGUUUUGUAGCAGUGAGCGUCACCACCCCUCCUCAGGCAUUCUGGACGAAGCAUGCACAGACGGAGAUCAUUGAGGGAACCAACAAUCCUAUAUUUCUGAGCAGCAUUGCCUUCUUUCAAGACUCUCUUAUCAAUCAGAUGACACAAAUCAAGCUCUCCGUGUAUGAUGUCAAAGAUAGAUCUCAGGGAACAAUGUACCUGCUGGGCUCUGGAACAUUCAUUGUCAAAGACCUGCUACAAGACAGGCAUCAUAGGUUGCAUUUAACACUAAGGUCUGCAGAGAGUGACCGCGUAGGUAACAUCACUGUGAUCGGCUGGCAGAUGGAGGAGAAGUCAGACCAGCGGCCCCCGGUGACCCGGUCUCUGGACACUGUCAAUGGCAGGAUGGUCCUGCCUGUUGAUGAGAGCCUGACCGAGGCGUUGGGAAUCCGAUCCAAAUAUGCUUCAUUGCGAAAAGACACUUUACUGAAGUCAGUGUUUGGAGGUGCCAUCUGCCGCAUGUACCGGUUCCCAACCACCGAUGGCAACCACCUGCGGAUCCUGGAGCAGAUGGCGGAGAGCGUGCUUUCCUUGCAUAUACCCCGGCAGUUUGUGAAGCUCCUGCUAGAAGAAGAUGCGGCAAGAGUGUGUGAGCUGGAGGAACUGGGGGAGCUGUCCCCUUGCUGGGAGAGCCUGCGGCGCCAGAUUGUCACCCAGUACCAGACCAUCAUCCUCACAUACCAGGAGAACCUGACCGACCUCCAUCAGUACAAAGGUCCUUCCUUUAAAGCAAGCAGUUUGAAAGCUGAUAAAAAGUUGGAAUUUGUUCCCACAAACUUACACAUACAAAGGAUGAGAGUUCAAGAUGAUGGAGGAUCAGAUCAGAACUAUGACAUCGUCACCAUCGGAGCACCAGCAGCACACUGCCAAGGUUUUAAGUCAGGAGGUCUCCGCAAAAAGCUGCACAAAUUUGAAGAGACAAAGAAACACAGUUUUGAGGAGUGUUGCACAUCGUCUGGCUGUCAGUCCAUAAUCUACAUACCACAGGACAUUGUCAGAGCCAAGGAGAUCAUCGCCCAGAUCAACACGCUGAAAACUCAAGUUAGUUAUUACGCAGAACGGCUCUCAAGGGCAGCCAAGGACAGGUCUGCCACUGGCCUUGAGAGGACACUUGCCAUCUUGGCAGACAAGACCCGACAAUUGGUUACAGUCUGCGACUGCAAGCUGCUGGCCAACUCCAUCCAUGGGCUGAAUGCAGCACGGCCUGACUACAUUGCCUCCAAGGCCUCCCCGACCUCGACUGAGGAGGAGCAGGUGAUGCUUAGGAAUGACCAGGACACCCUUAUGGCCAAGUGGGCGGGGAGAAACAGCCGCUCUUCCCUUCAGGUGGACUGGCACGAGGAGGAGUGGGAGAAAGUAUGGCUGAAUGUGGACAAGAGCCUGGAGUGCAUCAUCCAGCGAGUGGACAAGCUGCUGCAGAAGGAACGCCUGCACGGCGAGGGCUGUGAGGAUGUCUUGCCCUGCACAGGCAGCUCCACCAGCAAGAAAGGUAACCGGGACGGCCAUGCCUACUGGAUCAGACCGGAGGACCCCUUCUGCGAUGUCCCCUCAUCGUCAUGCCCCUCCUCCAUGCCUGCUGCAUGCCAUCCUCACUCAGCCACACAUUGCAGUCCCCCUCCUGAAGAGUCCAGCCCAGGUGAGUGGAGUGAGGCCCUCUACCCGCUGCUGACCACCCUCACAGACUGCGUGGCCAUGAUGAGCGACAAGGCCAAGAAGGCGAUGGUCUUCCUCCUCAUGCAGGACAGCGCCCCCACCAUAGCCACAUACCUGAGCCUGCAGUACCGCCGCGAUGUGGUCUUCUGCCAAACCCUGACUGCGCUUAUCUGUGGCUUCAUCAUCAAGCUGAGGAACUGCCUACAUGAUGACGGCUUCCUGCGGCAGCUCUACACCAUCGGGCUGCUGGCCCAGUUCGAGAGCCUGCUGAGCACCUACGGUGAGGAGCUGGCGAUGCUGGAGGACAUGAGCCUUGGAAUCAUGGACCUGAGAAACGUGACCUUUAAAGUCACGCAGGCUACUUCGCACGCACCCACUGACAUGCUGCCUGUCAUCACAGGAAACCGCGAUGGGUUCAAUGUGCGGAUCCCGCUGCCAGGCCCACUGUUCGAUGCACUGCCCCGGGAGAUCCAGAGCGGCAUGCUGCUGCGGGUGCAGCCUGUCCUCUUCAACGUGGGCAUCAAUGAGCAGCAGACGCUGGCCGAGAGGUUUGGGGACACAUCUUUGCAAGAAGUCAUCAACGUGGAGAGCUUGGUGCGGUUAAAUUCCUACUUCGAGCAAUUCAAGGAAGUUUUGCCUGAGGACUGUCUACCUCGGUCUCGGAGUCAGACCUGCCUGCCGGAGCUGCUGCGGUUCCUAGGCCAGAAUGUGCACGCCCGGAAGAACAAGAACGUGGACAUCCUGUGGCAAGCUGCUGAGAUCUGCCGCCGCCUUAACGGGGUCCGGUUCACCAGCUGCAAGAGUGCCAAGGACCGCACGGCCAUGUCGGUGACGCUGGAGCAGUGCCUGAUCCUGCAGCACGAGCACGGCAUGGCCCCACAGGUCUUCACGCAGGCCCUGGAGUGCAUGCGCAGCAUUGGAACACGGGAGGUAGUCACCCAGAAGAACUUGAGCGGUCUGGUGCCCAUCCGAGACUUAAGGCUAGACCCAAGCCUCCUCUGUUCCCUCCCUUUACUAGCUCUGAGCCCCAAUUUACUGAUUGUGUGGCUCUUUCUGAGCAUAGCGUACCUGGUCACCAAAUUGCGUUGCAAAUGAAUAUAUCACUAUGAGAAAUUUAAAGUGCCCAAGCAUGCCCAGCCACCGCGUACCUAACUGGAGAGAAGGAAGGUGUCAAGGCGUGGUCUGCCGAGAAAUCUCUCAUGCCUUACAGUUUGAUGUUUGGUUCCUCUGAACUGUGAACACCUGCCAAUUUUUUUCACCAAGAAGACUUGUUCAUUUCAGUCCUGUAGCGGCUUCAGCGCGUGUAACCUUCUUACAGCGCCCUGUUAUACCGCAUUGUUUUGCUGGCCUGGAAUUACUUGUACUACAUCUCUUAGCCUUCUGAUGUAAAACUAUUUAAUUACCUGUCUAUCUCAUGUUCCCUGUUCCCAAGAGAAAGGACUUCUGUUAGACAAGAGUUUGUAUAUUUGAUACUGUUCUAAGCGUGCUACGAGCCUCUCCUGUCCUUUUGAAGAAAAAUGAAUAGACAAAGGUAGAUAAGCCUGUUGAAUAGGACAGGCACUUCCUGCUUUCAUUUCAAAGCGUGGCCCCUGGACAACAGUGGCAAGCAAUCUGCAAAAUCCUAACAUUUCUUUGCCCCAGUUUAUUCUUUCUCUCUGGGGAUGACACAGAACUGAGACACAACAGCCCUGUGACACAACCCAGUAUGGUCAGGCACAUAAGAAUAACUUCCUGCAUAUGACUUUUGAUUUAACUCUUUAAGGAUCAUUAAACGGAGUCAAGACACUAAUGCCCAUAGGUAGCAAAAGUCCAUUGAAGUUAUUUAUGUUAAUUUUUCUUAAAAUGGUAUUUUUCAUUUAAGGGCAUAUAUCUUUUAUUCCAGAUUAAAGUUCAGACAUCCUCUCUCUCUUGUUAAAUAAAAGAAACAAUCAAACCAAAAAAUCAAUAAAAAUGACCAAAAAAUGAGGCUUAACUUUUGAGCAGUUGCAGCAGAUGGAAAUGUGAGAGAAGGGGUUGCUGUGGCUACCACUCUGGAUUUUAACCUGUUAAUGGCCUUAAAAGGAGAUGCCUUGUAUAACCCUAACAUUCAUGUGUGCCAGAAAGUAAUUGUAUACGCAGAGGGGCAACCAAAUAAGCCAGGGCACAUUCCAUACUGCCUGUCUAACAUAUAGUGGCUUCUCUGCCGGUACAUACUGUUUCGUGCUUUGAGUUUCCGCCUCCAGCUGAUUCCCCAAGCGUCAUUUGCUGAUGUGUUUUUCUUUCUGCCAGUCUAGAGAAGCUAGUGUAAGUUUAGAGGAGUCAGCUGUUGCAGCAUGUUGGCCCCUAAGCAUGCACCUGAGACCAGGCCAUCAUCAGAUGUGACCUCUCCAUCCUGUCUCCAAGACUCCCUGAUUGGGCCUCAGUUCAGAGUUGAAAGUGUAGGAAUCCCAGAAUCAACUAACAAAUGUCAGACUCUAAAUUCAGCAGUGUAAUAUCAUCCUCUUCAUACCCACAGAGCUGCCUUCUUUCUAGAUCCCCUGAGGGUCACUUCU